AUAUUUAUUACAUAUGUUUAUCGUUAUUGUAACCAAGCUCUGAAACUCUCUCUACUGUAACUUCUUCACUACUAGCUCAAACUUCAAUCGGAUUGGAACCAAGUUUCCUAGCCAUGGCUGAGUUGAUCCUCUCUCCAAUUGUUGACAAAAUCAUUGGGCGUUUGGGAUCUGAUGCUGUGAAACAGAUCUCUCUGGUUUGGGGUGUCAACGAUGAGCUCGAUCAGCUCAAUGAAACCAUUUCAACUAUCAAAGCAGUGCUUCUCGAUGCUGAGAAGAAGCAGUCCCACAACAACCAAGUCAACAACUGGCUCCACAGGCUGGGCAAUGCAGUUCUUGAAGCCGACGACUUGAUGGACGAGGUCAACACUGAAGCUCUACGACGCCAACUCAGGAUGUCUCGAAACCCAAUGGCCAACCAGAUAUGCACUUUCUUUUCCGGAUCCAACCAACUUGCUUUUCGGUUCAAGAUGAGUCGUAGAAUAGAAGGCAUCAAGAAAAAACUGGCUGACAUUUCCAAGGAUAGAAACUUCCUUUUGGAGAAAGGAGAUGGAGAGACUUCGAGUGAUAGGAGAGUGAGAGAUACUCACUCCUAUGUACGUAAGGAAGAUGUUAUUGGGAGAGAUGGGGAUAGAUCUGUUAUCAUAGAUAAGCUUUUGUUGGAGAGUUGUGAGGAGAGUGUCUUGGUGCUAGCCAUUGUAGGCAUAGGUGGGUUAGGAAAAACCACUCUUGCUCAAAGUAUUUUUAAUGAUGAGCAAGUUCAAAAGCAUUUUGAGUUAAAGAUCUGGGUGUGUGUGUCUGAUAAUUUUGACUUGAAAUUAAUUGUGAAAAAGAUCAUUGAGUCUAAGACGGGUGAGAAUAGUGUGGGAGACAUAGGAAUGGAGCCGCUACGGAAGAAACUUGGGGAAGUACUUGGUGGCAAGCGGUAUUUUCUUGUGCUAGAUGAUAUGUGGGUGGAAAAUCGUAAAAAUUUGUUGGAGUUGAAAACUUUAAUCACAAGUGGUGAAAAUGUAGGGAGUAGAGUUGUAGUGACUACUCGGAGUGAAAAGAGUGCUAAAUUAAUAGCUAGCAAACAACAACCAUAUCAAUUGGGGAUUCUUGAUAAAGAUCAAUCUUGGUCUCUGUUUAGAAAAGUUGCUUUCGAAAAUGGAUCACAAGAGCUCGAAAACAACACUAGUAUCGUGAAGAUUGGAAAGGAGAUUGUGGAAAGGUGCAAAGGAAUCCCCCUAGCCAUUGCAACAAUAGGAAAUCUAUUGUAUGGUAAAAGUAAGGAAUCAGAGUGGUCUUCUUUUAAUAAGGAGUUUUCAAAAAUAACAGAACAACAACAUGAUGAUAUCUUACCCACCCUUAGAUUGAGCUAUGAUCAUCUUGCCUCCCAUUUGAAACUUUGUUUUGCCUAUUGUAGUUUAUUUCCUAAAGACUAUGAAUUUAAGGUGAAAGAUUUAGUUAGCCUUUGGAUGGCUCAAGGAUUUCUUAAGCUCUCAGAUCCAAGUCAAGAUCAAUGUUUGGAGGAUGUGGGUUAUGAAUGGUUUAUGAAUUUGUUGGAAGGGUCAUUCUUUCAAGAUGUUAAAGUAGAUGAAUGUGGUAUUAUAAAAAGAUGCAAGAUGCAUGAUCUGAUGCAUGAUCUUGCAGUUCAAGUAACAGGAGCAGAAUGUGCUACUUUUGCAAAUAUCAAGGAAACUACUCAUCACGUGUCCUUUACAAGUCAUACUUACUCCAAAAGUGAAAUAUCAGCUUCGUUGGCUCAUGCUAAAAUGAUUCGAACAAUUCUUCACUUUUCUGCUUCGAAGGACGAGACAUUUUGCGAUGCAAUUAUAUCAAACUGUAAGUCCAUACGUUGUUUGGAUUUGAAUGAUUCAAGUGUGGAGUUAGUAUCAAAUUCUAUUGGGAAGUUAAAACACUUGAGAUAUUUAGAUCUCUCGGGGAAUCCUGGACUCAAGAUACUUCCCAGUUCAAUUACUAAUUUGCUGAAUUUGCAAACACUGAAACUCAAUCAUUGCUCACAACUCCAAGAACUACCUAGAGAUAUUGAGAAACUCAUCAAUCUUAGGCAUCUUGAACUUUCUUCAUGUGUCGAAUUAAAUUCUUUGCCAAGUGGACUAGGUCAGUUGAUGCAAUUGAGAUACUUGGAUCUUUCUCUUAAUAUUGAUUUAUUGUCAAUACCAGAUUCAACUAGUGGUUUGUCGAAUUUGGAAACACUGAAACUCAAUUGUUGCUUACAUCUCCAAGAACUACCUAGAGAUAUUGAGAAACUCAUCAAUCUUAGGCACCUGGAAAUUUCUGAUUAUAAUAAAUUGGAGUAUAUGCCAUGUGGAUUGGGUCAGCUAAUUAAUCUUCAGACAUUAUCGAAGUACGUGCUGAUGAAGAGAGAGAAAUCUAUCCCAAGGCAUGGUGGUGAGCUAAAAGAAUUGAUGAGACUGAACAACUUGAGAGGGGAUUUGGAAGUUAUAAAUCUGAGACAUGAGAAAGAUGUGGCAGCAGAGUAUGAAAGUGCAAAAUUAAAGGAUAAAAAAUAUCUUCGAUCUCUGACAUUGGAGUGGGAUUCUCAUGUUGAAAUUGAUGAGGUAGAGACCAUUGUUGGUUAUGAAAUGUCAAUGGAAAGCCUUCAGCCACACGGAAAUCUUCUAGAACUAACCUUAAGAAAUUAUGGGGGUGUCAACCUCUCCACCUGGCUCUCUUCACUUAUAAACUUGGUCAACUUAACUUUGAAGGAUUGCAAGAAAUGUGAGUAUCUAGUUUCAUUGAAUCAAUUCCACUGUCUCAAGGUUUUGAAUCUUCAGAACUUGGAGUCUUUAGAGUACAUAUCCAACAAUAAUUGCAAUGAAGACUUGUCUGGGUCAACAAAAUCAUUACUGCCAUCUCUACAGGAACUUUGGUUGAUUGGAUUGCCUAAUCUAAAGGGAUGGUGGAGAGAGAUUGUAAUUAGUGGUGAAGAAGAAGACAAACACAUGUCCUUGCCUUAUCUCCCUUCUCUUUCUUUAUUAUCUAUACAAGAUUGUCCUAAGCUGACUUGCAUGCCACUUUACCCGCAUUUGGAAUAUCUGACUCUGGAGAACAACAGCUUGAAGCCAUUGGAAGAGACAUUAAGAAUGAAGAUGAGCAGUAGCGCUGCAUCUUCUUUCUCUCCUCUCUCCAAAUUGAAAACACUACGUCUAACUAAGAUUGAGGAUCUAGAAUGUCUUCCGGAUUGGUUCGAGAGCCUUACUUCUUCUGUCAAUUACUUGUGGAUUGAGAGUUGCCCUGAAUUGAAGGAUCUGUGUCCAGGUAUUCUACAUCUCUCGUCACUUCAAAAUAUGCGGAUUGAAAAUUGCGAGGGGUUAGCAGACAUGCUUAAUGGUGAUGGUGAUGAUGGCAUUAUGUGGAAAGCCCUAAGUGGAAGACUCUACUCGCUGUCAUUAAGAGAGUUGCCAAAUAUAGUGACUGUUCUUCCUAAGGGAAUUCGACAUCUUACAAGUCUGCAACAACUUGAAGUUUCAAGGAGUGAUAGUCUGACAACAAUUCCCGAGUGGAUCCACAACCUCAAAUCGCUUAAGAAACUUGAGUUUGAUAGUUGCCCCAAUCUGACAUCAUUCCCUGAAGGAAUUCGAAGCCUCACCACUUUGAACUCACUGUCCAUUAUCAGAUGUCCCAUGUUAUUGAAGAGAUGCAAAAGGGAAAUAGGUGAAGAUUGGGAUAAGAUUUCUCAUAUACAACACUUGUUUUUAUAUCCAGACCCCAACGAAACGAAGAAGAAAAUGAGGCCACUUUGGAGAAGAUGAUGACCAUGAGAGGUAUAAAAGCAAUGCGGAUGAUCCAAAUAAAGACACGAAGCUAUUAAGGCUAUUAUCAUGUCCAUUCAUGAUGGUUAUUUCUUUUUCUAGCUCAGAAGUCUCACUCUUGUGUACCGAUUGAAAUCUGACUUGUUUUUGAGGAAUGUUGUAUUCAAGUUUGUUGCAGUAGAUUGUUUUUCCAAAUGGAGAUGGAAACAACAUCAUCUUCACUACAGAUGAAGUUGUGGGAGCUGUUGGAGUUACUGCAUUGCCAUCAGAGGAUUUUGUAUCAGAAAGGAGGAAAUUGGAGUAUCUUGAGAUGCAAGUAGAACUUAUGAAGGGGAAGAGAGAGAAGAAGAAUAAGCAAGAAUGAAGGAAUCUAAGGGUAGUGAGGAGAAUGUGGCAUUGAGAGAAAUGAUUGUUCCAACCGCAAGAGAAGCACAAGAGCCAGCGAGAGCAAGAGCAGUUAUGGGAACUAAGUCGUGCAUUGGCUGUUUUGAGCUUCUGUAUCUUGAGUAGAGAACGUGUAGAGUUCCUUGGGCUUGUAAAUAAGGAGCUGCAUCGCUACAAGGAAAUCAUUGAAAUGGAAACUUGUUAUGUUCGUUGUGAAGUUAAUGUCAUGUUCAAUUUUUUUGUGCAUGACCAACUAGAGCAGAGAUUAACAUCCAAGAGACAACGUUAAGCUAUUUCUAGUUCUAUUCGUAGCAGAAAUGUCUAAAAAAGUCGCAGUUAGUCCAAUAAUCUGCACUCAUGGUUCACAAUUUUCUAGUUUUUCAGGUAUGCAAGUCAAAUGUGAAUCUGUUAUUUGUUCAUGAUUAUAAUGGUUGUGCUGAUCCUCUUCCUCUGGGGUCUUCUCAUGUGGCUGGGAUGUUGGCAUUGAUUUGGGUGAUUGGGCUUGCUUGGAUCAGAUCUUGGCUGCAAGAGUUUUUAUAGAAGCUUCUUCUAGUCACGUUUAGCUUCUUGAAACUAGACCCCUUGGUGUUUGAAUCGAAAAAUAGUACUUCUCUGCAUCAAUUCAGUCAAAUGGAGAUUGAUUAGUUUCUUUUGGUAUUCACGUUUCUCACCAACACACUAAUGGCGUAAUUCUACCGAACUUUGUUUGUUUUUUGGUUAUUAGAGACCUUGUAUCAUUUUUAGUAAUUGUUGACUCACAAUUUAGCCUAAUUACUCUUUUCUCUGUCUAGAAAUUUUUGUUUUCUUUCAUUGAGGCAUUUUGUGGGAUGAUGUUAUCCAACAGGAUGUUCUUGGGAACUCAUCUAGAUUUUUUGUAGCCAUUGGGCAGUGAAUCUUCUGAAUCUGAAAUUUCUUUGUAGUGUUCCUCUUUUCAGAGCCUUUUGGCAGUUUAUUUUGACA